AUGCGGCGCACAUCGAAGAAGGUUGCACAUGCAACAACAGCGACGAUGACUGCCGAGGCCUUUGCGGCGGGUAUUGUGCAUCUAGUGCAAUCGCACCAGAUUCACACUGUGGAGCUUCUCACCGCAACUGUGGAGCACCAGGACGAGGGAGCUGCUGUGCUGCAUCGUUCAUCCUUCCCCAUUCUUAUCGUCGUUGACGCGCGUCUGACGAGCGCUCUUGCGUGGCAGCACGACAGCCAAAACAGAAAAAGUAUUGGUAAGACGACUGAUGAAAAUGGGACCAUAUUCACCUACCAAGUGACGUUUCUCCUUUUAGGCGAGGAGAGGGCGACAGACGCAAGGUCGGUGGGCGCUGCCGCUACUGCUGCAUCAACGACCUGUCCGCAGACAGUGCUAUCUGCGUGGUGGUGUGUACAGCUGCAGCGCCGGUUGGCGAUCUGCUCGGCACUGAUUGGCCUUCCCAGCCGUCUGCAUGUUUCGCUGCUGCCGUAUGUUCCGAUCCUCACAUGGGAAAAGGAUCGCGACGGCAUCCUUGGCGCGAUGCACAGUGCGACGAUGAUGUCAACCCUCAGCUUAAGGGAUAAGGAUGACGAUGAGGCCGCACCAGGGUAUUUGCUGCAAGUGGCGCUCCUUCUCAACGCAAACAUCCCAUUGGGCCAGCGGGGCGGGCACAAUACAGCAGUACUGCUUCUGCAUGCUGUCGACGGUGACGCAUGCUUUGCCUCCUCGUCUAUCACACUCACAUCACAUAAUCAGCGAAAGCGCCGACGACAGUCGGAGCACGCAGAACGGGGCCCAGCAUCAGACGUGACAGAGGAGACGCAACUCUUUCCACUCCUGAUGCGCUUCAGUGAGACUCACCUGCUGCCAGAAAUCUCUUGGGAGACGGUGUGGUCACGUCGCCGCCCUAGUGAGAAGGAACACGAGGAUGUAUGCGGGCUUCGGGAGCAGCUUGGCUUCAGCUUCUACUUGGACGGCGCCCUCGACGCAGGGAGUGUACAGAGCAUCACCAUCAUCGUGAAUGCGCCACUCUGCUUGUGGAGCCGUGUGCUCCUAUCAAGCGUGGCAGUGCAUUUGGAGUUAAGCACAGAGAGUCCGCUAAAACAGCUGUCAAGGUGCAUUGCGAAUACUGUGGACGGCGCCCUUUCACGCCUCGCUGCGGAUAAUAUCGAUUGCUUUCUGCGGCGCGCAGCAGUGAAGCCGAGUGCUGAAGUUGGAAAGGGUGAAGACGAUGCGAUGGGAUCUGGGCCAGGACUGCAGUCGUGGAUGCUGCUUGCGCAAAGCAUUGCUGACAGUCUUGCACGGAUCGUACGCACAUCACAAAAUCGCGCGUUCGUCACGGAAGUGGAUCGGCUGCUGCAUCAUCACAGAAUGGAGGGAAAUAUGACCCGACCGCACCCAGUUGGAGAGGAUACACCUACCGCGAUACCUGCAGUGGUGUCUUCCGUGGCCACGACGGCAUCUCUGCUGCGCUGGGCUGUAGAGGCGCGCCUCAUGGAAAGGUAG